AUGCUCAGCAGCAAAACUGACAACGACUACAGUGGAUUGAAGCAAGCUUUGGUAGAGCUUAAUGCUUUCUCCACCCUGACAACACGCCGUCUCGAUGAUACUUACUAUUCGGUGCUCGAGAAACUUGGUGCUCUGCAGGGUACGGUGAUGGCCAUGAAAGAGCUUGCUGCAAUGUCUCAAGAGCUGAACGCAAGUUUCGAUGACGAUGCCGAAGAGUUGGUUAAGGAUGUGGAGUCACAACUUGAUGCAUUUGGAAACUUUGACGAACAAGAAAAGAGGAUACAGAUGUUGCAGAGUCGAAUUCACGAUGGCCGCGAGAAGAUUCAGCGGCUGAGCGAAAGGGUUGAUGUAGUCCGCGAGCGGGUGGAAGGCUGGGAGAGAGCCGACAGGGAGUGGCAAGAGAGGACGCGCAAGAGGCUCAGGAUGAUCUGGCUUGUCAUGUCCGUCCUGAUAUGUCUCUUGAUCGCUCUCCUUGUCAGCGCCCAGUACAUACCGGGUGGACUCGACACAGCGACCGUUCGCUUCACAAACCAAAGCAUUUCGAAGCUUCGCGACAUGGGCAGAGAAAUGACAGAGAGCAAUCGAAAUUCUGGCGAUGUGAGUGAACGACUCGAUAGACUACUUGGCAAGACGAAUGCAUCAACGCAGAGCAAUGGUCGUUGGAUGCACGUCUUUGAUGAACUCUAG